AUGUCGACUUCUGACCAUCCCGAAACAGAUGGUCAGAUGGAACGCGUGAACCGCGUCUUUGAAGAGAUACUUCGAGGGUACGUCCACUCGUUUACGAGUUGGAGCGACUUCUUGCCGAUGGCAGAAUUCGCCGUCAACAACUCGGUGCAUGCGUCGACAACGCAUACACCGUUCUUCGUGAAUGGCCUACGCCAUCCACUUUUACCCUCCUUCUUAGACUGUGACUCUAGUUUAGAUGCCGAUGUUGAUCACAUCAACAUCGAUGAUGAUGAUGAUGACGACGAUGCUGGUAUAUUCAGCAUCGAUGAUGAUGAUGACGACGACGAUGCUGGUACAUUCAUCAUCGACAACAACUGCCACACUGAGGACGAUGACGCCCUCACUGGUGAAGACAACUUUCUUUCAGCAGUGCACACGAAGCGCACUGCUGUUAACAAAAAUGAAUCAGCAGAGGAAUUUCUACUGAAUCGCGAAGCGGUUGUCCGCUUCGUUCGUAAUUCUAUUGCAGAUGCAAUAUACAAGCAGAAAAGAAACGCAGACAAACAUGGAAGAGCAAACGUUCUUUCAUUUAGUGAAGGAGACUUAGCUUUACCAUCGCCAGUAAAUCUACCAAAACACGCAGUGACAUAUGUGGACAGGAGCAAACUACUUCCCAGUUUUACGUUGGGCGUCUCCGCCCGUACUAUCAGUACGAGGUCGCUUCGAGAGGCGAAGAACAGCUCCGCGGUCAAGGGCCGAGACCACCUCCGAGUGGUCCCGUUUCAACGAGCCAGUAUGGUCGACUAUCGAAGCGACCUGCUCACGCAGUUGAUCAAUGUCCUGACGAGCUGCAGUCAGCUCGUCACGAAGAGAACGAACCGGACGUUUGUUCUUAAGUUACGCGAGCGCAAACGUGUUUCUGAACAUCAAUAUGAUCCGACCCUUGAGCCGGAUCAGGUGUUCCCGCCACCACCACAUCCUUUGGUUAUUUCUGGCGGAGUUCAACGCUUUCUGGUGGAGCGCAUUUUGAACCACCGCGACGAGAAUGGCGUCCGGACGAGUUACCGCGUCCGCUGGCGUGGCUAUACACCUGCCUGGGACAGCUGGGAGCCUCGUGCUCAGCUGAUCGUUGAUGUUCCGGGUCUCGUCGAGAAAUAUGACAAGACCCACCCGCUGCGUUCGAAGAAGGGCCGUCGGAAAACGACCUCCCCGAACGCGAGUACAGGGAUUGAAAAGAUCUAA